UUUUUCGCGUAAAAAUAUAUCCAUUAAGAAAAAAGUGUUCUUGAUGUUAUUGACUUUCUGAGUCAACAGGCGCCCCCUGGAGGAGGUAAACAUAGUACGACCCAGCUGUGUCUAGUGACCUAACAUACUCUGACAAAGAGCACCUGUUUGUGUGGAUCAUUCACGACGUGCCAAACCCGUUAUGUGUACUGAAACCUCGCGAAACCAGCAGAAACACGUCUUCAACGGCAUAUUAGUCUGAUCUGCGUCAGAAGAAUGGCAGCUCAGAAAAAUAAACACGGACUCCUGGCUAUCAAAGAGUUAGAGAAUAUUCUGGACACAUGUAAACUUGAUCUGAAUCCAGUCGACGAGGUCUGGCCGAAUUUGUACAUCGGAAACGUGGCUAUUGCUCAAAACAGAAAUGCUUUGAUGAAAAUGGGUAUCACUCAUGUCUUAAAUGCUGCCCAUUCCAAGCAAGGGAGCAUUGGGGACCAGAGUUAUUACGGCAAUACAAUUGUGUAUUAUGGCAUCCCAGCAGAAGACUCUUCAUCAUUUGAUCUGAGUGUGUACUUUAAACCGGCUGCUGAUUUCAUCCACAAAGCCUUGAAGAAGAAGAACGGAAAAGUGCUUGUUCAUUGCAUCAUGGGAAUGAGUCGUUCUGCCACUCUGGUUCUAGCAUACCUUAUGCUGCAUCGGCGUCUUACUCUCCGCACUGCCAUCCAAACAGUUGUACUGCGACGAGCAGUCUAUCCUAACAGGAACUUUUUGAGCCUUCUCUUGGAUUUGGACAUACAGCUACAGAGAAAGCGAAUGCUGUGUCCUAUUCUCUGACAGAAAAACAUAUGUCAUGAACACACAAACGCACAUGCAUUUAUUUUAUAUAA